UCACCACAUUAUUUAGCUCUAUUACGAAACACUACUACUAUUACUAGUCUACUUUAAGUACUUACUACUCUUCAAAGUUCAAACAACACGAAUUACCAAAUUAGCGAAUUUCAAUCUUUCGAUUUCAGAAUUUCUCCUCGAUUUUCUCUACAAUAUUGUUGAUUAACAAUGGUUGGACCAAUUAGACCACAAUUCGUGCUAUUCGGAUCAUCUAUAGUUCAAUACAGCUUCAGUAAUGGCGGUUGGGGCGCCAUUCUUGCUGAUAUCUAUGCUCGCAAGGCAGACAUUUUUGUGCGAGGAUAUACUUGCUGGAACUCUCGCCGCGCAUUGCAAGUCCUUGAUCAAGUCUUUCCAAAGGAUGCUGUCACUCAUCCUUCACUGGUAAUCGUCUACUUCGGAGGUAAUGAUUCAAUGGGUGGUCAUGCAUCAGGCCUUGGCCCCCAUGUGCCUCUUCCAGAAUACGUUGAGAACAUGAGAAAGAUUGCCACUCAUAUUAAGGGUCUUUCAGAUACAACUCGGAUUAUCUUUCUUAGCAGUCCUCCGGUGAAUGAAGUCCAUGUUCAAGAAAACAAAAGUGUACAUAUAUUGGAGCUAGUUCGAACAAAUGAACAAUGUCAAAGAUAUUCUGAAGCUCUCAUAGAGCUGUGCAGGGAAAUGGAUAUCAAAGUGGUUGACCUUUGGACUGCAAUCCAGAAGAGGGAUGACUGGUUGACAGCUUGUUUUACAGAUGGGAUCCAUUUUUCUGCUGAAGGAAGCGAGAUAGUGGUAGAAGAGAUACUCAAGGUGCUCAAGGAAGCAGACUGGGAACCAAGUUUGCACUGGAAAUCCAUGGCAACAGAAUUUUCUGAAGACUCUCCACAUUAUCUGCUUUCUGUCGACGGGACAUCAACGUUAAAUGCUUCGGACUGGACAUUUCACCGAAAAAGACAAUGGGACUAAACUGGUACGAAUAUAUUCCUGCUGCUAUUCUAAGAAUGGCUGCUUUGGCUAGAUGAAUGAAUGACGAACACUGGCACUAGAGUAUAACUUACCUUUUCUUUGUGGGUACAUUGAUAAGGAAAGGAUUUCUCAUCCGAGGGCCUUUUCUAGUCUUAUGUUUACUUCGUUCCUUAUGUAUCUGUUUUUAUAGUUUGACAUUGUUCUUAGUUAAAUGUUGACAUGACAUCCACACCAAUCAACUUUAGAUGCUGAAGUCAGGUCGUUUAUGUGCCUGUAGCUUGCAGGUUCAGUAAAUCCAUUUUGCUGACAGGAAAGCGAGAGUUUUAUCCUAUGAAAUUUUGUCAACAAGUA